AUGCCACCUAAGAUUCAAUAUCAUUUUUGUCGUUUGAUAAUUGAUAUCUACCCUAUUGAGUGUAGUAAACAAAUAUAUUCCACUGUCGUCUUCCUCGAGCAUAAAAAGUCGGGGCGAAAUCAGUCAAAGCAUCCUUCGCUGCUCACACACGCAUCUGUCACGUGGAUGUUACUCGUAUUGUCUCUGAUAUUGCUUGUAGAAAUGCAGUUUUCUCCUGCAAUGGCGGCUUUAGAUUUGUUAUCUGGAAUCAAUGCGCAAAUAAGUCCGCCAUGGCCGAAUCUGGAAAUGUGUGGAGCAGGUUGCCCCUUGGACAUAACAGGCUCAAAUCUUACUCAAGCUGCCAUCCUUUGUUCCAACACAGAAUCGAGAGCAAGUUGUUGUCGCUACAUCAAUGCCCUUGUUGCAGUAUCUGUUGUUCAUUAUGCAAAUACAACCAGCAAUUUAGGAGUCACUCCAGAAUUAUCCAAAAUUUGCCUCCAAACCAUAUCUGAAACUUUAGAACUACACGGGAUGACAAGAAACGCGACACUUUUCUGUGGAUUUGGAACCAAAAUUCCUGUAAAUUAUGAAUGCCUUGGAAGAACAACUGUUAACCAGAUGCUCGAAUCUCCAAAAUUCUCAAAUGUCACUCUAAAUUGCAAAGUCCCAUUUGGAGAAAAUGGUUGUAAAAAGUGUUUGAAUUCUGGCAUCUUGUUUAUAAGAAACCUAGUGGGAACAGGAGACAAUACAACAUUAAGCACUUGUAGAGAUGCAACAUUUGUCUCUCUUGCUACCCAAGUUGAUGACGUGUCAGCUUUUGAGAUAGCUGGUUGCUUUUUUGGAGUUCAAGGCCUCAGUAACAUUCCAUUUUUGGGAUCUUCUCCUCCUACAUUUCCACCUGAAUCAUCUCCAACCCCAUUUGCUGCAAGCCCUAGUCAAUUAUCUUUGACCACACCGAAUUUACCAAAACGCCAUUCCUAUCAUCUCUCACUGGUUCCUGGUAUUGGUAUUGGUGUUAUAGCACUUGCCACUUUGAUGCUUGUACUAAUGAUUUUCCUUAUUCGUGGGAAAACUAAAGAACUUGAAUCCGAUAAAUCUUCAAUGAGAACAUUUUCUCAACCAAUGAGAAAGUUCCAAGAAUGCCCUUCGUCCAUGUUCAAAAAGUUUAGCUAUAAGGAAACUAAAAGGGCAACUAAUAAUUUCGGUACCCUUAUUGGACAAGGAGGAUUUGGUAGUGUAUACAAAGCUCAAUUUAAUGAUGGAUUAUUAUUAGCAGUGAAACGUAUGGAUAAAGUUUCAAAACAAGCUGUUGAAGAAUUUUGUAAAGAAAUUGAGCUUCUUGCAAGACUUCAUCAUCGACAUCUUGUUUCCUUAAAAGGAUUUUGCAUUGAAAAACAUGAAAGGUUUCUUAUGUAUGAAUAUAUGGCAAAUGGGAGCUUAAAGGAUCAUCUUCAUACUCCAGGUGUCCCUCCGCUGAGCUGGCAGACAAGAAUUCAAAUCGCAAUCGAUGUGGCAAAUGCUUUGGAAUACCUCCAUUUCUACUGUGAUCCUCCUUUGUGCCAUAGAGACAUAAAGUCUAGCAAUAUAUUACUUGAUGAGAAUUUUGUAGGAAAGGUGGCAGAUUUUGGGCUUGCAUAUGCUUCUAAAGACGGAUCCAUUUGUUUUGAACCAGUCAACACAGAUAUCCAAGGAACUCCUGGUUACAUGGACCCGGAAUACGCGAUAACACAAGAACUGACUGAAAAAAGCGACAUCUACAGCUACGGUGUUGUGCUUCUGGAAUUAGUAACCUCAAAAGAAGCGAUACAUGAAAACCGAAACCUAGUGGAACUAUGCCAACCCCAUAUGAGAUUGGAAUCACGAUUCAUGGAACUGGUGGAUCCCGGAAUCGGUGAUUCCUUCGACACAGACCAACUGGAAACUAUUGUAAGAAUCAUAAAAUGGUGCACGCAAAAAGAAGGGAGGGGUAGGCCUUCGAUUAAGCAAGUGUUGAGGCUUUUAUAUGAGUGUGCGGACCCCAUGCAUAAUGGGUUUGUUGAAGCGGUGGAGGAUGAGAGAGGGAGAGGGAAAGGGAAUAGGAGAGAGAAAGAUGGGAAUGGGAAUGGGAUUAGUUGGGAUGGGAGGGGUUUGGCGAGUUCUUCUAGCACUUCAAGGUCGUAUUGUAGUAGGAGUUUUUUGCUUGAGACUACUGGAUCAUAUUCAUCUCCUCCUCAAUCUCCUUCCAAUAUGUCUUCCAUUUAA